AUAACCGAGCACAGCUUUCUAUGCAUUUGUAAAGUGUUUAUUUCUAAAGAGUUUGUCAGGUUUUCUUACGGUUUGGGUCGAUUUUAUGCCAGCAAAAGAAUCAUUCAGUCGAAGGAUUUUGAUGCCAAUGUCCAUGCACAUUCUAGCCUGGGUAUCAGGCCUUCCUAAGGGGCUAGGGGAGAGGAGAUUUUAGAUGGGGGAGGGGGGAGGGGGAGAAGAGAAAGGAAGGCCUGACACAAAACCAUUCAGCAAAUCGUGUGACACAUCCAAAAUCUGGAUUUGGCAGUGAUUGGAUAACACACAAUACCCCCUGACGUCACCGACCGCAAGAGCGAUCGGCAAGGAGAAGCCAUUGAAAUUUUUCAUAGAUGUUUUCAUUUCAUAUUACCGGUAUGUGAUACUUUUAUGGACAGAGACACAGAGAGGAUUUCAAAAAGGCUCUAGAGGGCGCUCUCAAGUUCUUUCCUGGAAUAAAAAUAAAACCUGAGCAAGAAUCGUGUUUUCAAGGCCUCGUAGUUUAAAGGAAGGAUGUACUCGGAGUAUGGAAAAGCCUAAUAUACCAGCUUCUACCAAAACUAUGUCCGAGUAUUGGUUUCACAAGACCGGGACAAAGAAGACGAUAUCAGUGUUUCAGAUAUCUAAUUUCUGAUUUACAACAUCCUGCUGUUAAAAGGGUAUUGUUACUGUAAAUGAAAAUAGAGCCAGGUAGCCAUGUAUUGAGAUAGCCGACAGUACCAAUGCUUUUAAAAAGCUUGACUUUGCUUGUGGCGAUUACGAUAGCGUACGUGAUUGGAAUUCGUUCACUUCCUCUUCCAAAAUUUUCUGACUUUUGAAAUGUCUUAAGCUCAAGCGGAUGCCAUCAUAUCUCGCCAACGGGAUUGACCUUUGCUACAGGCUCUCACUUGUUUUUGAACUUGUAACAGCUUUCACGAGCUCUCUGUGAAGUGGCAGAAGUGGUGGAAUUUGCUGGUCCUUGAUAAUUUCUAGGCAUAGGUGUUUCACCAUCGCACCUUCCUAUUCAUUCUUGCAGCUCCUUUCAACCACCCGAGAAUACGAGGGAUAACAUCAGCUUUUUAGCUGCGAGACAAGCGCCUGAUGUAACCCUGUAAACGAAAGCAACUUAAAAUUUUCCGGGCAGACGUUCACAGAGCGUUGGCGAUCUUACACUAGCACAAUUCCUAAAACAUGUUAUAAUUCCUCCAACACAGCAGGUUUAACAUAACAGGUGUUCGAAAACUCCUCAUUGGAGGUUUCAGAAAAAAGCGAAAUCGUAGCAACACAAGCACUGGAGCUCGGCCAGACCGUAAAGUGAGAUUUAUUUUAGGCAAGCUUUUUGACACGUGAAGCUGACAAUCCAAUGACCAGAUGUGAUUUUGAUUGGAUGGUAUCGAAUCAUGCUGUGUGGGGAUGGAAGGCUUUAGUAAAAGCAUCGUGUCAGGUGUUUCUCUCCUUCAGCUCUCUCCCUUUUUUGCUUCCAUCUUUCCCCUUUUCCCCAGAAACGCCUGAUACUCAGGCUAUGCGCAUUCAGUUUCCUCUGCAGUUCAACGCGUUCAAUGUCCGUUUGGUCGUUACUGGAUCAUGUGUAACCCUUUUCAAGGGUCAAAUUCCCUAUGGGGAGCUAAUAAUCUCUUUCGAGAGAUCGAAAAUUCCCUUCGGAGAGCUAAAAAUCUCUUUCAAGAGAUCGAAAAUU